CACAGAUGUUCUUACCGCAUGUAGGCGGCAUUGGAUGCUUGUCAGAGCAGGCACAUGCCCAGGCAUCCCAACGUCCCCCCUUCCAGAGACCCCAGACAUUCUUCUCAAGCUCUGGAAUUUGCAAAUCCAACAUCCUCCUUGAAAAUAAGUUUUGGUAUCACUAGAGGGCAUAUCGCUCAAUCGUUAUUCUUCUUCCUCCUUCUUCACCAUCGGGGUUAAAAAGGCACGGCCUCAACCUCCACGUCCUUCACUAACAAUUAUCAAGCCCCGGAGCAGUGACGGCACGUCAGCAAGCCACUUGGGGUUGUUGCCCCUCACUCAGCCAGCAAGUCCGCUACCGUAUCUUAGCUCCGACGACCCGUCACAUCAAAGCAAUACGACGACAUCCAUAGAAAGAAGCUUUCCACGCACGUUUGACCGUGCCCAUCAACUCAACAAUUCCCGCCGCCGAUUACAUUUGUUUACCUCUUCUCUCCUCUCCUCUUCAUAUCCUAGCCCCCUUAACCCAACCAUUUCCACAGGCAUUCCGCGAGGACAGAACCCCAGUCCCGCGGAUCCCCAACAUCCAUCGCCGUGGCAGACCAGCAACCCCCAACCCUCAUCACUACGUCAGCCACCUCCACCACCACCACUGCGAGUCCUCCCCAAGCCUCGACGAUAGCAUCGUUGUUGCAGCCCGCUCCGCAGGCCCCCUCGGCUGGAAUCACCUCUGCCACCACCGCCGCCGCUUCCAACCCUCCCAACCUGACGACAACACAGCAGAUAUUAGGAAGGAGGCAGCGGGGCGACGAGUCUGAGGACCUGCCUUCUCAAGGCGAAGACGCCACCGCCGGCAUUUUGUUACCUCAACAACAACAAACACGACCGAACAAGAGAUUACGAACUGGAGAAGAAGACAUGAGAACUGACUACGAUUCCCAACCCUCAUCAUCAUCAUCAUCAUCAUCCUACAGAGCCGGUUGGGCUUCCAACGGUUCAGCUUUUAGACGCAACAAAAGCAACACCGAAACCGGAAACGGUAACAACAACAACAACAACAACAACAACGAGGACAUGUACUCGUCCCUCCACCUCCGAGGCGGCGUCCCGCCAGAUUACUUUGGUCACGACCGUGAGGAAGUCACGAGGAUUCUUAUUCAAGCUCUGGAUGACUUAGGGUAUGCCGAUGCGGCCCAGAUAGUCUCGCAGCAGUCGGGGUACGAGGUCGAGUCACCGAACGUGGCGGCUUUCCGGGCGGCGGUGCUGGAGGGGAGAUGGGACAAUGCGGAGAGCCUGCUUUGGGGGCCGGGGGGAGGGGGACUGGGAGGGUUGAUUCUCGCUCCUGGGGCGGACCGCAACUCGAUGAGGUUCAGACUUAGGCAGCAAAAGUUUCUGGAGCUUCUGGAGCAGGGCGAGAGGAACAAGGCGUUGGCGGUCCUGAGGAGAGAGCUGACGCCGCUUUGCAAGGAUCAGCCGCAUAUUAUCAGCACCUUGAGUAAGUAUCUAAUGUGUCAAGACCAGGAGGAUCUGAGGCGCAAGGCCGAGUGGGAUGGGGCCGGAGGGGAUAGCAGACGGAAGUUGUUGAGGAAGCUAUCUGAAUCCAUAUCACCCUCGGUGAUGCUCCCCGAACAGAGACUUGCUGUGCUUCUCAACGAUCUGAAAAACAACCAGAUAGAAAAGUGUCUCUAUCACACGACGACAAACCCGCCGUCGCUCUACUCGGAUCACCGGUGCGAGCACUCUCAGUUCCCAACCGAGGUCAUGGUGGAGCUGGAUAAGCAGCAGGGAGAGGUGUGGCAGAUAAGGUUCUCGCCCAACGGCGAACGCCUCGCAACCUGCGGCAGUGCCAAGGGUAUUUGCAUCUGGAACACGCAGACGUUUAACCACGUGCGUGUGAUCAACACGCACGACGCUGAGGUGUCCAACAUUGCGUGGAGCCCCGACAGCACGAUGCUUUUGAGCUGUAGUAUGGAUGGGCAGGCCAAGGUGUGGAACACGCAGACGGGGGAACUGGUCGUGGCGCUCGAGAAGUUUGGGGAGCCAGUCAGCAGUGCUGGGUGGCUGCCGGAUGGGAGGACCUUCAUUACUGGGUCUCUUGACAAGGCCAAGUCGCUGUGUGAGUGGGACCUGUCUGGAAGUUUGCUCUACAACUGGACCAGGCGGCAUAGGACCGAGGACCUGGUCGUGUCGGCGAAUGGGGAGUGGCUGGUGGCCAUGGACGACAGGCGCGGCGUGCAUAUCUACCACAUUCCUCGUCGGGAGUACGAGGUCGACCUGAUACUGGAGAGCAGGCUCACUAGCGUCAGCCUGAGUCAGGACUCAAAGUGGUUGUUGGUCAACACGGUCGAUGACGAGGCGCUGUUGUACGACUUUGGGACGAAGGAGGUGUUUCAAAAGUACAAGGGGCACACGGGGGGCGAGGUGAUUAUCCGGGCGGGGUUUGGGGGAGCGGGCGAGAACCUUGUGAUCAGCGGGAGCGAGGACGGGAACGUGUUUGUCUGGCACAGGACGACGGGGCAAUUGGUGCACAAGAAGAUGGCGCAUAGCCCGAGGGUGAAUUCGGCUUGUUGGAAUCCGAGGGAUGCGGGGAUGUAUGCUACUUGUGGGGAUGAGGGGAGGGUGAAAAUAUGGACGAGUCCUGAGCGGGCGAGACAAUGGGCUGCUGCGAGGGCGCAGUCGGUUCCGGGGCAGAGGUCGACGACUAAUGGGACGUCGGGUGGGGGGCCUUCUAGGACAGGUGCGGCGAAUGGCUGGGGGUUAAGUGGGAAUGGGAGUGGUGGUGCUGGUGGGGGGCCUGGAGGAGAUGGGGGUAAUGAUGAGGAGGAUGAGGAGGAGGAAGAAGGGGAGGAGGGGGAGGGGGAGGAGGAGGAGGAAGUGGGGGCUCAUGAGUUGGCUUAG